CCGAGAACGAUCCCGACUGGUCUCUUUCGCUUUUCUCAUUUGGCGUACAUUGGACAAUCGUUUUGUAAUGACACUCGAGAUUGAUGGUUUGAUUUCCUGCGUCACACUGGCACCUGGGGCAGAUGAGCCCCUACCAGUUCCAGGAGAUUAUGUUCACCUUGAUUUCAUCAUUAGCUCCGUUAAUGGCGCUGAAUCCUGGACAUCGACGACCCCUUUCGUCCUGCGGAUCGGUGCAUCGCCCUCCGCUAUACCUGCCAUAGAAUUGAUGGCCCCCAGAAUGACGACAGGAGCACGGGUGGAGAUGGUCGUACCUCCGGAUCUGGGAUACGGCGAGCGUGGAUAUCCGCCUAUUGUUCCCGCUAACUCUCCUGUUAGAAUUAUCUUAACUCUCGUCGACAUUACGCGCGCAAAUCACGAUUAGACUACAUACCUGCCAGAAUAUACUGGGGACAUGUGCCACAGGUUCAACUCUUAUAAUGACGUCGUGUUCCGACGAUUGCGCGUUGUUGUGGCUGAAAGUGGGCGACGUAAUGGGAGAAAGUCGGUGGCUACAGUUUUAAAGUGGCAAUCCAUUACUAUUACAGUAUUGUAAAGCUACAUGCAAAUAGAAGCGAAUGUUGAGCCUAGCCUAUCUCCU